GCGCAUGCGCACUGCUAAGCGGAUCUUUCCAAAGUCACGUUGACAGAAACAGAGAAGUCCAGCAGUGUGUGUGUGUGUUCGUGCAGAAAAUCAGCGGUGUUUAAAUCAUGGUGUUUCUCACUUUAUCGUGUUGGAUCCGGAACCGAGGUCCAGACCGUUACUGGAAGGUCCAGGAGCUUUUAAAGCACGCUCGGCACUUUCGGGGAAGGAAGAAUCGCUGCUACAGCUUGGCGGUGCGUGCGGUGCGCAGGGCCUUCGUUUACGCCUCCAAGGCCAGGAAAGCCAAGCGGCGCAGCAUGAGGACGUUGUGGAUCUCUCGCGUGGCUGCAGCGUGUCGGGAACACGGCAUUAAAUAUCCUGUCUUAAUGUACAACCUCGUGCAGUGCAGCGUGCAGCUGAACCGGCGUGUGCUGAGUGACCUGGCCGUCACGGAGCCGCGCACCUUCCAGUCGCUGGUGGUGCUGUCUCGAGCUCGGCAGCAGGAGGGUCUGCAGGCGGCGCUGGGGGACGGGAAAGAGCCUCCCGGUGUCUUUUCACGCAUCACACAGCUGCAGUGAUGGACAGCUCUCACGGCCAAUCACAGACCGGCUUCUCCACGGACUCGCUGCUGAAUCAGUCGUGUUUCCUGUCACACCAUGUGUAGGAGAUGUGUGGAUGAACAUGGAGAACUAGCUCACAUCAUCCUACAUCCUACAUCCAUGCCCACUUUACCUUCAUCAGAGCCUGAACCCUGGGGCCUGAAAGAAAAGUGUUCAAACGCUCUCGUGUGUAAAUAUACAAGUAGAACAAACAGUCACCUGAUGAUGUUCCUGUUAAUAAACUCUUUUUCUUACUGAA